UGAGCGCAUCAUCUUUACUCUGCACAUUGAAGCUAUAAUAAUAAGUAAAUUAUGGCGCUUUCAGUGCCAAGGCUACGUAAACCACUGAUUUCGUUUUCUUUUCAGUCUAUGUACUUUUCUUCCGUUAUAAAUUCAGUCUCAUCACAACGAUUAGUUGAGAAUUCGAUUCAAGAUGCAGUCACAGCCAAAAGUUACCAGCAAAUUGCAGACAUUCUCGGUGUGUCAAAAGAAACUUGUCAGACCUCCAAUCCCUUUUCGUUUCUCAUAAACUUUCACCAAGAUCAAAGAACCAAAAUUAUUGAUGAAAUUCUACAAAGUUUUGUUUCUUUAAGGCCUCGUGAUCGCCCUCGAGUUGCGUAUGCCUACCUCCUCUCUUUCACAUUGCAAAGCAGUAAUCCUUUACCUCUGUCCCUGGCAGUCCUACAGCGCACCCUUCGCUCAGGCUGUUCCCCUGUUCCCCAAACUCACCUACUUUUAUCGACUGUAUGGCUUCAUGAAAGAAAGCAAACUGAUGAGUCUGUUGCUAGUAUGCUAUUGCAGAUGAAGUCGAUUGGAUAUCGACCUGAUGGUGGUGUAUGCAACUACCUUAUUUCAUCACUAUGCAAGGUUGAUCAGUAUGAGGAGGCGGUUCAUGUCUUGCGGUGCAUGGCUGGUGCAGGAUGUGUUCCCGAUUUAGAGAGUUUUGGCUCUGUAAUCGGUCUACUUUGUGACCUUAGAAAGACAAAGUACAUUGAAGAGCUAAUGAAGGAACUGGUAGUUAAGUUUAGAUUAUCUCCGAGAAAAGAGAUGGUGGUAAAGGUCCUAAAGGCAAUGCGAGCAAACAAAGAUGUACAUAAAGCAGUCGAAAUGAUUAAUUUUCUAGAGGAAAUGAAUAUACAAAUUGGGUUCGAGAGCUAUGAGCUGGCUGUGGAGAUGUGUUUAGAAUCUGGUUUGUUUGUUUUGGGAGGGAAAGUUGCUUUAAGAAUGACUGACAGAGGUUUUAUACCUUACAUAAAGGUAAGGCAGAAGGUAUUCGAAGGACUGACUGCCAUCGGUGAAUUGGAUUUUGCUUAUAUUCUUAAAAAGCGGUUCACAGAAUUGAACUCUUAGUGUCCCACAUAUUAUUACGAUUUAUGAAUUUACAUUUUGUUGUGUUGUGUAUCAAGAAGCCAUGAAUCCAUGAUCACUUACCCAUAAAGUAUUCAUAAUUACAACCUGAUACAAGUAUCGAAUAUUGAUGCAGUCAGUUUUUUUUUCUUUACAUGAAGACACUAAGACAAGACAGGGUAAGUCGCGUCCAUUGUAAUAGCACACUUGCCUUUUCUACCUCUAGUUCCACGCUUGAUUCUCAUAUAGCCAUCUUCACCCCAGUCUUUACCCCAAGAAUUCUUAACAAUCCAGUACUUCGUUCCAUUUUCUUCCCCGUAACCGACCACUGUUACCGCAUGAUUCAAGUGGGUACCACAGGGACCCGUGAAAAUUCCAUGGGAGUAUAGCUGAAAUAGAAAGCCAGCAGCAAUUGCAACUGAUACGGGUUGCUUGGAGACUGCAGCUUCUAGACUUUUCUCAUCCUUAGCAGGAUAAUCAUCUGCUGCUGUGAUUCCACCAUUGUGUAUGACAAAUUCGUAUGCGUGUUCCAUUAUACCACCAACGCAUCCUGUGUCACCAUUGUCGACAUCACAAUCUAUAAGCAUUUGUUCUGAUAGAGCUGUUAAAUUACCACUUUUUAUUUUGUUGAAGCCUUCAGUUGCUGCUACUGCAGCGAAUGCCCAACAAGCUCCUGCAUUUGUAACGCCUUUUGUUUAGUAAUUAUACAAUGCCAUAUAAAUGUCACAUUGCAUCAAAUUUUUGUACAAUCCCAACUCAAUAAUGUCAGUGAGGUAAAAUGCAUUAAGCCUAGAGGAGAUAGAUUCUACCCAUUUGCCUAUGAAUGGGUGGAUUUGGUUUGUGUUUAUUCCAGUUGUAUCAAAUCAGAAUAAAUUAGCUGAAAGGGAAACUUGUCAGACGGGAUGAAAUUCACUCCCAGUCUAUUUUUAACGCGUGCAUCAUUGUAAAUUGUUUUAUUCAAAUAUUUGAAUUAUUGUUGUUAUAAAGUAGCCUUUUCAAUCAUAAUUAGUGCAUUAUUCUUUAUAAAAGUUAUGAACAAACAAGUGUUAACAUGUCAACCCAACCCAACCCAACCAUCCUGUUUUGUCCCAUACUAAAAAAUGACCCAAUCAACCCCAAUCCUUCUUGACCCUUUACCCGAUCUGCCUGUCCCAGCCAAGUUGCCACAUCUAAUUAAAUCUCACAAUUCUUGUACCGCAUUUGCCUUGAUCUCUGAUAUGAGUUACAGCUCCUUUCUUUCUCCAAUCCACACUUGCUGGCAAAUCCUGUGUGAUGUUGAUGGGAUGGGUCGAAUCUGAAUGCCCAUGACUUUUAUAACCCAUAUAAAAAGAUUGAAACUCCUCAUUGGUUAGAUCCACAUAUUUAUUGUCAGUGAGCUUGUAGGAAAGAUUUUGUGAGUUGAUAUACUCGAUAUACUGAAAAUUAGAUUGGUAGAUACCGUAUCUUAUUCCCCUUUCAUUAUUACCUUUGUAUCUUCUCCCAUGUUUUUUGAGCCACUUCACGUACCUAUGCAGAUUAUGGUUUGAGUUGUAGCUUGGUUGUUCAGGCUCCCGAGCUGUACAACAUAGUAUAGAUGGGGCCAGAAGGGCGAAGAAAGCUAUUCUGAACAGAAUAAUGGUCAUUGUUAAUAGUAAGUUUAGUUUAAUUCAAUUUAAUUUGCUUUAUUUUUUGACAAAUUAGUGGUUUGUUUUAAUGUAGUUGCAUAAUGUUGAGAUCUUGUUCAGUUCAUGUGUUUUGUGCUUUCAAUAUAUGUUACGUUUAUGCCUAGUAAACGGCUCUUGUAUAUUGACAUUUUCUAUCUUUCAAUACUGAAA